UAUACAUCCGUCUUGUCAGGCGCAACAGCAUCAACCGACUUUACCCUCAAUAUUCGUUUAAAAAAUACAGAUGCCGAUAGGGAGAUUUGCGCUGAAUGUAGUCUAGUAUUCACACGGUGCCGUUCUCAACGCCGAGAUGGGCCAGCAACUUACUGGCCAAGCUGUGAUGCACAAACUGCCCGAGAAGGUGGUCAAACAUGCCGGGCUAGUGCGAGACAGCGGCUACCUUACCUACGAUGAGUUCCUGGGUCGGGUGGCAGAACUCAAUGACGUCACUGCAAAACUGGCUGCUGGUCAGCCGAAACAUCUCCUGUUUGAAGUCCAGCCUGGAUCAGACACAUCUGCACUUUGGAAAGUAGCUGUGCGAAUAGUCUGUACUAAGAUUAAUAAAGAGGACGGAAUGGUGGAGGCCUCGCGGAUUAUGAACCUGUACCAGUUCAUCCAGCUCUAUAAAGACGUUACGAGCCAGGCCGCAGAAGUACUGGCAGCAGAAGCUGGCGCUGAGGGCCCGUCGGGACAGCUCUCCUCAGCAGAAUCCUGCCAGGCCAGCAUGUGGAUGGGCAGAGUCAAGCAACUGACGGAUGAAGAGGAAUGCUGUAUCUGUAUGGAUGGCAAGGCUGAUCUCAUUCUGCCCUGUGCACACAGCUUCUGUCAGAAAUGUAUUGACAAGUGGAGCGGUCAAAACCGAAACUGCCCAAUUUGCCGCCUUCAAGUGACUGCUGCCAAUGAAUCGUGGGUCAUGUCUGACGCCCCUACAGAGGAGGACAUAGCAGGUUACAUUCUCAAUCUAGCUGACGAGGCGGGUUACCCUCACAGACCUUAAAGCUGAAACACUCUGCCACUCUCUUCCAUCUUCAUCAAACCCCCCUCCUUCCAUGUGUAAAUAUCCAUUUAUAUGUCAAAGAUCCAUCGACAUAGAUUAUAUUCUUAACUGGAGGCAAUA